GGUGAAUGACGGCGACGCAGGGGGACUCUGCUGUUGAAUGCUGGUUUGUGCUGAGUGACAGCUGAUAAGGCCGCAGGGGUUUGCUGUAGUUGAGCUGGGGAGUCGGGAAAGCGGGCUUGCCGAUGGGGCCCGCCACCGCGAGCCUGGGGCUGGUGUCUCACUCGAGAAGUGGCCUGCGAGAAGAGAAAAAUCAGGCCACAUCAUCCAGGCUGUGGGAUUUUCUGCCUCAUCACAGCUGGCCUCUACUCAGCUGCCCUCCUGGGAACCUCUAGACAUUCACCCAGCUUCCAGUUCCUGAAAAAAAUCGGAUCUGCCAGCAAAAGAGGCCAAGGGAGGAAACAUACCUGCUGACAUGAAUUUAUCCCAGGAGCCCCAGAGACUGAGCCUACAGGAGCAGGAUGGGUCAUGCGAGAGAUUAAGGGUGGUGUCAUUCGAGGAUGUGGCCGUGAACUUCAGCCAGGAGGAGUGGCGGCACCUGGACCCUGCCCAGAGACGCCUGUACCAGGACGUGAUGCUGGAGAUCUACAGCCACCUCUUGGCAGUGGGGUACCCCAUUCCUAGCUCUGGGGCCAUCCUCAGGAUAAAGAAAAGAAAGGAGGCAUGGAUGGGAGAGGUUAAGUUCCCACAUCAGCAAUGUUGGUGUCAAGAAGUGGAAUCAGAGUUUUACACCCUUCCACAGAAAGUUUCUGAGAAUGCAGCAUUUCAAAUUAGUAAGGCAAGUGAAAUCAUAAGACAUGGUUUGUGCUGCUCUAUUUUAGAAGAACUGUGGCAAGAUCCUGACCCCACAAAAAGAGAUCAGCAAAACCAGAUCCCACCCUGGAAUCCUGGUGCUUUCCUCAACAAGAAAACACAGAGCACAGACAGAGAUUGUGAAUAUAAAGAGCCUGGGGAAACCAUUCCUUUAGUGUCCAACCUUAUUUCUACACAAAAGGAAGCUCCAAAGUUAUGUGCAAAAGGUUUGAAGCAUAACCUUGAAGCAAAUGGUGAAGCUGAAAACAGUAUCACAAAACAGCUCCAUGAUGUUGUUACAUCUGGUCAGCUCUUCACACAAGACUCCUCCAAUACUGGCUGUACAAUUCCUCAUGAAGGACAGAAUUCAUGCAAAGGUAGCCAGUGCAGAAAAGUUCUCAUCCAUAAACAAACACUUACACAGCAGGUAGUUCAUGGUAAGGAGAAACCAGAUGAAUGCACUGAGUGUGGCAAGGUCUUCUAUGACAUGUCUGCUUUCAGUAAACAUCAGGCAACUCACACUGGAGAAAGACCUUUUGUCUGUCACAAGUGUGGGAAAACCUUCCUCCAGAAGUCAGAGUUGACCUCCCAUCAAGAAAUUCACAUAGAGAAACCUUAUGAGUGUCCCGACUGUGGGAAAUCAUUUAGUCGUACAUCCAACCUGCAGGUGCAUCAUCGAAUUCACACUGGAGAGAAACCUUACCAAUGCCGUGACUGUGGGAAAUCCUUCAAUAAUACAUCCCAACUGAAGGUGCAUUAUCGAAUACAUACAGGGGAGAGACCCUAUGUGUGUCCUGUAUGUGGGAAAGCCUUCAAGCAGAAGUCAAUCCUCAGUACUCACAAGACGAUUCACACUGGGGAGAAGCCUUACAAAUGUACUGUUUGUGGGAAAUUAUUUAGUUGUACAUCCCGACUGAAAGUGCAUUAUCAGAUUCAUAUGAAGGAGAGACCUUAUGAAUGUGGUGACUGUGGGAAAGCCUUCAAGCGAAAGUCAAGUCUCACCAUUCACCAGAAAAUACAUACUAGACAAAUACACCAUGUAUGCAGUGAGUGUGGGAAAGCUUUCAACCAGAAGUCAGAGCUCAGCAUGCACCAGAGAAUUCAUCUGGGGAAGAAUUCUCACAAAUGCAGUGACUGUGGGAAGUCAUUUACUUAUGCAUCCCAGUUGAAGAUGCAUCAUCGAGUUCACACAGGGGAGAAGCCUUACAAGUGCCGGGACUGUGGGAAAUCAUUUACUUAUUCAUUCACACUGAAUGUACACCGUCGAAUUCACAAAGUGGAGAAGCCUCACAAAUGUAGUGUCUGUGGGAAAGCCUUGGCUUCUAAGUACCAACUCGAAGAGCAUGAGCGAAUCCACACAGGAGAGAAACCUUAUGUGUGCACCGAAUGUGGAAAAGGUUUUCAUGGUAGGUCAGGUUUCCUGAGACAUCAGAUAACUCACACUAGGGAUAAACCUUUUGUCUGUCACAAAUGUGGAAAGGCCUUCUUUCAGAGGUCACAGUUGACAUCUCAUCAGCAAACUCAUACAGGAGAGAAGCCUUAUAAAUGUCGUUACUGUGGGAAAUCAUUCAGUCAUACAUCCCAACUGACAGUACAUCAUCGAAUUCACACAGGAGAGAGACCUUACAAAUGCAACUACUGUGGGAAGUCGUUCAGUAAUUCCUCCCAACUGAAAGAACAUCUCCGAAUUCAUACUGGGGAGACACCUUAUGCAUGUUCUGAAUGUGGGAAGGCCUUCAGCCGAAGAUCGUCCCUUAAUCUCCACACAAAAAUUCAUACUGGAGAAAAACACCAUGUAUGUAGUGAGUGUGGGAAAGCCUUUAGUCAGAAGUCAGUACUUCGAACACAUCAGAGAAUACACACUGGAGAAAAGCCUUACAAAUGCAGUGACUGUGGGAAAGCCUUGGCUUCAAAGGGCCAACUCCGAGAUCAUCAGAGAAUUCACACGGGUGAGAAACCCUAUGUUUGCACUGAAUGUGGGAAGGGUUUCUUUGGCAGGUCAUCUUUGCAUAGACAUCAGAUAACUCACACUAAGGAGAGACCUUUUAUCUGUCAAAAAUGUGGGAAAACCUUCAUCCAGAAGUCAGCAUUGACAUCACAUCAGCAAAUUCAUACAGGUGAGAAACCCUAUGUGUGCCCUGAAUGUGGAAAGGGCUUCUACAAUAAGUCAUCUUUGCCUAGACAUCAGAUGACUCACACUAAGGGGAGAUCUUUUGUCUGUCAAAACUGUGGGAAGGCAUUCCUCCAGAAGUCUGUGUUGAAAUGCCAUCAGCGGACUCACACUUGCAAGAAGCAAUAGGAAUGCCAUGGGAAAUUGUUCUAUAACACAUCCCACUGAAGGCUAUCAGCAUAUACACAUAGAAAUGCCAAGAGAGGCCAGGCGGCAGUGGCACAUGCCUUUAAUCCCAGCACUCGGGAGGCAGAGAC